GCUUCUUAAGGAUUUUAAUACAGAUAAAUGAACAUAGGACUGGAAGAGGUCUUCUGUGCCAUCGAGUCCAGUCCUCCUUUGUGGAUACCAAGGUGCUUUGCAAAGAGAGCAAAAUGAUGCUCCAACACCCAGGCCAGGUAUCUGCAUCUGAAGUCAGCGCCUCUGCAAUUGUCCCUUGCUUGUCCCCUUCGUUAUCACUAGGGUUUGAAGAUUUCACAAAUCUAACCCCCCUGGUGAAAGAAGAAUUGAGAUUUGCCAUUCAAAAUAAGCGCCAAUACCACAGGAUGUCGUCUACAUUGGACACAGUAACAAUUUCAGAAAGAAUGGUUGAAACAUCUGUUCUGAAAGCAGAGUUUGCACCUGAAGAAGAUGAAAGGAAAAAGAGGAGAAGGGAAAGGAAUAAAAUUGCAGCUGCAAAAUGCCGAAAUAAAAAGAAGGAAAAAACAGAAUGUUUGCAGAAAGAAUCAGAAAAACUGGAAACUAUCAACGCAGAACUAAAAGCCCAGAUUGAAGAACUAAAGAAUGAGAAGCAGCAUUUGAUAUACAUGCUCAAUCUCCAUAGGCCUACUUGCAUAGUCCGAGCGCAAAAUGGGAGAACGCCUGAGGAUGAAAGGAACCUCUUUAUUCAACAGAUCAAAGAAGGAACAUUACAGGGCUAAGUGACAAUGAUGAGGCAAAACGAAGAGUCCUCAUAAGUACAUCUCCACACCAAAAAUCCAGAAUCCACGGAGGAUCUGACUUAAGGUGUAUCUGCAGGAUUCUAUUAGUCAAAAACCAAUAGGCAGGAGGGUUGCUUUGUUAAGCAGGAAGGAUUGUGUUGACUCAGCUGUGAUCCUUCCCCUCAAAAGACUUGUUCAUGCUCAAGUCAGAGUCCUCUGCCUCAACUCUAGGUUUUAGUACGUCACAUGUGCUGUUCCUAGAAGCUACCAACAACAACUGCAGAAGUUUUACGUUUCUGCUUGUAUACAGUACCUGCACUCGUGAUGUCUGUGCUAGAACACUAUGACUUCCAAUGAUGCACUUCAUACAGACAGCAGUGCUGGAUGGACACUACCUUUCCUUGUUGCUAGUAGGGAACGCAGACAGAGUAUUUUCAAAGCUUUCAAGUUUUCAGAAUGAUGCGUUCUGGAAGAAUGUGUUGGUAUAUAAUAAUGCAUUUUAACCUAAUGCAAAAAAGCCUUUAGUUUCAAAUUGAGCAUUGUAUUUUUUUUUUCUUUACAACACUUGUGUGGGUUUUUGUAUGACUCAUCUCAGACUUUGAUUCUGAGAAGUUUAGUAGGUAUGACAAGCAUCAAUAUCUUGCAAAAUGUCCAUGUAGCUAAAAAAAAAAAGUUUGCAUUUACUGAACUGGAGCUCAUCCAUUGUUCUUCAGCUUGCAGUUGUGCCAUGAAAUACAGCCAGGCACUUUGCCCUGUGAGCACUCAAUGCACAAUACCCAAUAUACACAGUAUUUCAAAGCAGUUAUAGGGAUCAAAUUUACACAGUAAAAGUAGACUUGCCAAAUCUGAACUUCCUUGAAAAUGAGUUCCUAGGUCCUAUGCUUUAAUUUUACUGAAGUAUUACUCAUUCUGUUUGAAAUUCACCUCUGUGUGGAGAGUUAGUUGAAGUGUGAUACGUCACUUAAGUCCUAAUUUGAGGCUAUACAUGUACUGUUGCUGUAAUUUAAUAUACAUGCAUUUUUAAGAAUGUCCUAUCUUGUGCUGGCCCUCUGUGCAGGUGUGAAUGGCAUUCUCUAAGAGAGAAUUAGCUGGGAAAGGAUUCAGUGAGUUUUGUUUGAAAUAAGGACUGCAGGACUGAAUCUGAAGUUUGUGAAUCAUAGAAAAUGGAAGUGGAAAAGACUUAGAUUACCUAGGAUUUGAUCCUGCAAACUUCCACUUGUUAGUAAUUCUUACUCAUACACUUUAGUGGGACUCGUUCCAAGAGUAGCUCUUAUGCACAUGACUAAGGUUUUGUGGGACUCUAAUCCAACACUCUGUCAAGAUUACUUCCUAUUGUCAUAUGAUUCAUAAAAAACAUCUAGCUUUUCUUUUAUAUUUUGGUGGGGACUGCAGUCAAUCAGAAUGCUGUUUGGAACCCCAAAAUGGACUAAGACUUUGCUGUAAUGGGUAAUUAUUUUUACUUUUUAUUAAAAUCUAACCCUAGAUGUUUUGAACUACUAAUAGAGCUGCUAGACAAAAGAACUAGAGCUAUGAGUGUUUAAAUUCUGAUGUUUCUGUGAAAUCCUCAGAUUGUUUAAUUCUAUUAAAUAUUAUUCUUACAGUUUUCUGUAAAAGAAAAUAUUAUCCUUAUUUAUCACUAAUAUCCUAAUAAGUUGAGCUAAUAAAUAUUGCAAACCAGACAAAACUGAAAACACAAGUGCUGUGCCGUUUUUUGUUUAUUUUCACUUGUUGGUGUCUAAUAUUAUAUAUUCCUAAAUUCAAUGGUUCUGUUUGGGACACCACUUCUAAAAAAUAUAUAAAUGCCUAAUCCUUGCCUCACAUGAGGCACUGACUAUUUUGCAGCAUCAGAUAAUAGCAAUUACACUUUCCAAAGUUCCAGACCUCCAUCAGUGGUGUCUAACAGCAUAAUGUCCCACUUUAAACAGAGCAGACCAGAAGAAUAGAGCUUACAGUACAUAAUAUUUUACACCAGUUGUGCAGUGUUGAAAUUGCAUUUUUAAUCUAAAAUAAUAUACAGGCUAAACCAAUAGAUACCUCAACCAUCAGCUUCUUACUUUGCGAGUCCCAGAUGAGUAUAUCAGAUAUCAUACCUGAUCUUAUGUUACUUUUAUAUUCUGCAACAGAACUUCUUAAUACACUUUCUUAAGAUCUGGAUAUAUUGUAAUGUCCUCUAUCAUGUAUCAGCUGUGUACUUCAUGUACCUGAAAAGUGAAUGUAUACAAAUACAAUGCACUGGGCCAGAUUAAUCCUGGGUACAGUUGUGAGGCACUUCCACUGACUUCAAUGAAGGUUGCUUACCUCCUGUUCCUGCUGCAACUCCACUGUCUUAAAUGGAGUUCUUUAAGGGAUUAGUUUGGCCCAUUGUCUGUCUGACACAGGAAAUUCCUGAAAUGUGUUACAAUUACCUUGUAAAAUAAUUUUUCAUUGGUAUUUGAAUUCUGUAAUAUGGAUUUAUUAGAUUUAGGCACCAUCCAGAUACCAUACUCCUUGUCUUUGUCUCUUGUGUAUCAAAUUUCAACCAAGGUAAAAAGUUUGUCACCUCUACUGUUAUAAGGUGUUAGCACAAAAACUGGUACCACUUAUUGUUAAUCACUAUUACAAAACUUGUGUCUCUCCUUUAGGGAUUUUGUAUGGUUGCUCUUAACCAUAUUACUGGUGACGCAGGCGUCAUGCUUUUGCUGCUUGAGUUAAACGUAAAUGUUAUUUACUAGCAUGCCAAAUAUUAAUAUGGUACCACUACUUUUGUUAGGAGUUAAUCUGUCUUUAUUUCUAUCUGUUCAAUCAUAGCUGCUUCCCUGUGUGUGUGUGUGUGUGUGUGUGUGUGUGUGUGUGUGUGCGCGCGCGCACACGCGCACGUGUGCAUGUGUAUGGCAUAAUUGGGAAGUUAUGGUACUUUGAAUAUUCCCAGGAAAGCAAUGUUUAAAGUCUAGACAGGAGCAAUGCAUUAUAUGGGUUAAGUAAAUGUCUAGUUUAUUCAGGAGAACCUAUAAAAAUGCAUUAAAACAAUUUGUUUUCUAUUCUUGAGUUUGUUUUGAUACUUUAAUAAAAAAUAAUUAAUAUCCAUUUGUUCAUGUGUGACUUAA